CUCCUGGGUACUGCUCUGGGCGGGCUCGACGGCCACUGUCCACCCUUUGGCUCCGUCCUGCCAGCGCCCACAAACCCCUCUUCCAGUGGACCAGUUCAGUCCGCCGUGUCUCAGUUCGAAGGGUAUUUCUCAACUCUCACCUCCCCCUUCACAGGCUCAGCGGUUUCCGUCUCUGUCAGGUCGAUGCACGAACCUGAUCAUCUGGUCGACCUACACUACACGCCCCCUGUUCGACAGGCCAACUCGACCACGCAUGUGGAUGGAAACACGGUUUAUCGCGUAGGAAGUAUCUCGAAAAUCUUCACAGCCCUCGGUAUUCUCAAAGUGGGCAUCCAGAUGGAUGAUGUGGUGACGGACUAUAUUCCGGAAUUUCAGGGUCUUGAGGCUACUGGUGAGGCGAGCAACCCUGCUGUUACAGUGAGCUGGGACGACAUCACCAUCGGAGCUCUGGCUUCGCAUAUGUCUGGGAUUGGGCUAGAUUUGAUGCUGGACCUGGCCAACAUUCCAGAAGUCUGGACAUCCCUCGGCUUUCCUGCGCUCGCAAGCAAUUCUACUCCAAGGUGUCAGGGCUUAUAUGGCCUGCCGCCUUGUUCUGACUCUGAGUUCUUCCAUGAUUUUGGCAAGCACCAUCCCGUCUACGCACCUUUUACUACGCCGAUGUACUCGAAUCUGGGGUUCGUCCUAUUGGGCUUUGUGCUCGAGAAGGUCUCGAAUAUGACUUACAGCAAUUAUGUCCAGGAGACCAUUCUGAGCCCUUUGGGCCUGGUGAAUACCACCGUCGGGACACCUCCGAUUUCGCCGUCACAAGCCUUCAUUCCCAGCGAAGGUGUCGAGGAGGACUGGUGGGGUGUUGAUUUGGGAUGGGACACGCCCGUUGGAGGCUUCUACUCCACUCCAAACGACUUGAUCACAUUAGGCUCGGCGAUUCUCAAUGGCAGCCUUCUCGGCUCAUCCGGAACAAGAAAAUGGCUGAAACCGGUCUCUUCAACUUCGACUCUUGGAAGAAGUAUGGGAGCGCCGUGGGAAAUCCUUCGAUCCACAAAUUUGACAGCGGACGAUCGACUCAUAGAGCUGUACACCAAAGGCGGCGAUAUUGGAGACUACCACUCGAAGCUUUGUUUGAUUCCUGACUAUGACUUGGUAGUCACCAUCCUGACCGCAGGAUCUGAGGCAGACUUCCAGUUGAGCUUCUCGAUACUUUCCCAGCUUCUCACUAUCCUGCUUCCAGCGAUCGAGCAAGCCGGCAAGGACGAGGUAGCCGCAACGGGGAUGACUAGCACGUUCACAGAUGCGUCGUCUGGCUCAAGCAUCACGCUCUCAGUAGAUGACGGUCCAGGCCUGAACAUCUCCAACUGGAUCGUCCGCGGCCACGAUGUAGGCGAUCUGUACGCAUCCUCCGCGAUCGCUGGAUCCGGGGCGCCUGUGCGGCCACGCCUGUAUCCUACAGGCCUCCAUACAGAAGUGAAUGAUACCCAGGCCAUCUGGGCGUGGCGAGUUGUCUUCGAUGCUGGGACUGCCGAGUCCGCUGCAGAGAAUGAUGCGCAAUUUGCUUGGCCUGGGCAGAGCUGUCAGACUUGGGCCAACAUGGACAGAUUUCCUUAUGGGUUUGACAGCAUCGAUGACUUCGUUUUU